ACCGGAAGUGUGGCGCGAGAAUUUGAUUCCCCCAGCGGCAGACGAGGGAAGCAUGGCUGCGGUGCCUCCGGACACUUGGCAGCCGCCGACUGUUUCAAUGGAAACCACCAUGGGGCUCAUGAUUUUGGAGCUAUACUGGAAGCAUGCACCCAAAACUUGCAAAAAUUUUGCUGAGCUCUCCAGACGGGGCUAUUACAAUGGCACAAAGUUUCAUAGGAUAAUCAAAGAUUUCAUGAUCCAGGGAGGUGAUCCAACAGGAACUGGAAGAGGAGGAGCAUCUAUCUAUGGCAAGCAGUUUGAAGAUGAACUCCACCCAGAACUGAAGUUUACAGGUGCAGGAAUCCUUGCUAUGGCAAACGCGGGUCCAGAUACAAAUGGAAGCCAGUUCUUUAUUACACUAGCACCAACCCAGUGGCUUGACGGCAAGCACACUAUCUUUGGUCGUGUUUGCCAGGGAAUUGGGAUAGUCAACAGAGUGGGAAUGGUGGAAACAAAUGCUCAAGAUCGUCCAGUGGAUGAUGUAAAGCUUUUGAAAGUUUUUCCAUCUGGCUAGGCUGAAAUCAUAAAAUUGUUACAUGCAGACUCUUCUCUCCCCCCCCCCCCCAAAAAAAAAAACAACAACCCCUGCUGUGUGUCAAGAGAUACCUGCCAGCUUCUUGCAAAGUAAUCUCUACUAAAAUUACCUUCCGGAUUCAUCGUUAACCUUUUUAUUAAAGCUAAAUAAUCAGCAGGUUCCUGAACUAUUUGUGAUGGAUAAAUGCCAUCAAGGUGUGAUAACUGUUAUUCAUAGCAUAAUUUUGUCUUCCAUUUAUGCUUCAUUUGGAAUGUAGCAAAUCAUAUGCAUAAAUAAACAAAAUUUUAAAUAAUCAGGCAACAUGUAGUAUUUUGCAAGUACUCAUAAAUACCUGUUAACCCAGUGCAGUGUUCACAUGACUCUGGAAAUAAGAUUAGAAUGUUCCAAGUAGAACUAGGAAGUUGAUUUGUUAUCAUUUGUUUAUUAUGUAAUUAUAUAAAAUAUCAUUAAUAAAAUAUAAAAUUACUGACAGUAAUUUCACUCUUGGUCUCAUUUUUAUCCCUCAAAGUCAAGGACACGAAAACUUAUGAUAUUUGAGUAAAUAAAUACCUUGUUUUUACCAUGAUUAAUAGUUCAGUGCUGCAAAUAAAUAC